AAGCGCCGGGCUUAGUUUCCGUCUCUUUCGAGAGACCGGGAAUCGCGGGGCUUCUCUGCAGCAGGGGCUGGCUGGGUGCGGGGGGGAGACGCGACAAGAACCCGGGCCUGUUUGGUCUCCCCCCCACCCCCCGCCGCCUCCCUUGGAGAAGGGGACAGCUCCCUCCUGGUCUCACUGCUAAGGGGGCUGGACUGGGAGGGAGGGAGAGCUUUUCCCCAUUGACCGAAGCUCAAGAAGCGCCAUGCAGUGAGCAAAGUUGAAGUCUGAACCGAAACUAGGCUCCCCCACCCCACCCUCUGCUUGUACUACCGAGAUCCAAUCCAAGAACGCACCAAAGGCCUCAUGCAGAGUGGGUGUCAGCACUGGGGGAUGCACCGAGUUAGCCACUAAAGCACUGAAGAUGAAAAGGUGCUUCGAGGGUAUCGGGCUGCGAUGCUUUCUGAAGGAUGGGAACAUGGCUGCCACUCAGCCCCCCAAAUACCUCCUCAUUUUUGACUUUGAUGAAACCAUCGUCAAUGAGAACAGCGAUGACUCCAUCAUCCACGCCCUUCCUGGGAAGCAGCUCCCGGAGUCCAUCCGCCAAACCUACCGGGAGGGUUUCUACAACGAUUACAUGCAGGGGGUCCUGAAGUACAUGGGAGAUCAAGGGGUGAAGAUGACGGAUUUCAAAGCGAUCUAUGAAAAGAUCCCGCUCUCUCCGGGCAUGCGUGAUCUCUUCCAGUUCCUCUCCAAACAGCAGGACCUCUUUGAGAUCAUCCUCAUCUCCGAUGCCAACAUGUUUGGGAUUGAGUGUGCCUUGAAGGCUGCCAGGGCUUACUCCCUCUUCCGCAAAAUCUUCAGCAACCCUUCUAGCUUUGACAAAAGGGGUUACUUCACCCUAGGUCCUUAUCACUCACACAGUUGCCCCCGGUGCCCAGCCAACAUGUGCAAACGCAAGAUCCUGACGGAAUACCUGGCGGAGAGAGCUCAGGAAGGAGCCAGAUUCGAGAGGGUCUUCUACAUCGGAGAUGGAGCCAAUGACUUCUGCCCAUCUGUGGCUAUGAAGGCAACUGAUGUUGCGUUUCCGAGAAAAGGCUAUCCGAUGCACCAACUGACCUUGGAGAUGGAAAAAAAUCAACCGGGGGCCUAUCAGGCCGCUGUAGUCCCUUGGGACUCGGCUGUAGAAGUUUGCAGCUACCUCCAAGAAGUUCUCAAGAAGAAAUGUUGAGCAGGAGAAUGUGGUGGAAGAAGCCGCUGCUCUUGAUCCAGCAAACGAGCAGUUUUGGAAAGAGAAUCUUUGAAUUAUUAACAGCACCUCUCUCUCUCUCUCUCAUGCUCAGCUCAGACACUCUUGAGUUUUCUCCCUCUUGACACUCAAAACCUCUGUCUCUGGAUUUCCUUUCCAUUGGUCUCGAGAUAAGGGCUCUCUAUGCAGUUAGGAAAUCCACUCAAGGAAGGAUGGGUGGGUGAUUGGCCAUUUAAUUUUUUUGUUCUUAUUUUUUUUCAACUGCUUUUGCAUUCCCCAAAGUCACUAAACUAUUUCUUCUUGGUCUGGUUCUCAGAAGGCCUAUGGGCAAUGUUUCUGUGGCCAGCCAUAAGAACAGCCCUGCUGCAUCAAGCCACAGGCAAGAAGUGAGGGCAUGCGCUCUCUCCUGCUGUUGCUCCCCUGCAACUGGUAAUCAGAGGCAUCUUGCCUCUAAGGCUGGAGGCGGCUUAUAGCCAGCAGACUAGUAGCCAUGGAUAGACCGGUCCUCCAUGAAUUUGUCUAAGCCCUGUUUAAAUGCAUCCAAGCUAGUGGUCACCACAUCCCAUAGCAGAGACUUCCAUAGAUUAUGUGUGAAAAAGUACUUCCUUUUGUCGGUCCUAAAUUUCCUGGUCAUCAAUUUUAUGGGAUGACCCCUGGUUCUAGUGUUGUGAGAAAAGAAGAAACAUUUCUCUCUAUCCACUUUCUCUACCCCAUGCAUAAUUUUAUACACCUCUAUCAUGACUCCCUGUAGUAACCUCUUUUCCAAACUAAAAAGCCCCAGAUGCUGUAGCCUUGCCUUAUAAGGAAGGUGCUCCACACCCCUGAUCAUUUUGGUUACCCUCUUCUGCAUCUUUUCCAGUUCUACUGUGUCCUCCUUAAGAUAGGGUGACCAGAACUGUACACAGUACUCCAUAUGUGGCUGCACUAUAGAUUUGUUUAAGGGCAUUUUAAUAUUAACAUUUUUAUUUUCAGUCCCCUUCCUAGUGAUCCCUAGCAUGAAACUGGCCUUUUUCACAGCUGCUGCACACUGAGUUGACACUUUCAACGAGCUGUCCACCAUAAUCCCAAAUUCUCUCUCCUGGUCAGUCACUGACAGCUCAGACCCCAUCAGUGUAUAUGUGAAGUUGGAGUGUUUGCCCCAACAUGCAUCUCUUUACACUUGCUUAGAUUGAAGCGCAUUUGCCAUUUUGUGGCCCACUCACCCAGUUUGGAGAGAUCUGUUUUGGAUUUCACUACCCUAGUGUCAUCUGCAAAUUUGGCCACUUCCCUGCUUACCCCAAUUUCUAGAUCACUUAUGAAUAAGUUAAAGAGCACUGAUCCCAGUACAGAUCCCUGGGGGACCUCACUUCUUACUUUCCUCCAUUGUGAAAACUGUCCAUUUAUUCCUACCCUCUGUUUCCUGUCCUUCAACCAGUUACCAAUCCACAAUUGAGCCUGUCCCAUUAGCCCAUGACUACUAAGUUUACUCAAGAGCCUUUGGUAAGGAACUCUGUCAAAAACUUUUUGGAAGUCCAAGUAUACUGUGUCAAUUGGAUCACCUUUAUCUGCAUGCCUGUUGACACUCUCAAAGAACUCCAAAAGGUCCGUGAAGCAAAACUUGCCCUUGCGGAAGCCAUCCUUCAGUAAGGCCUGUUCUUCUAUGUUUGACAAUUUUGUCCUUAAAUAUGCUUUCCAUCAAUUUACCCAGCACAGAAGUUAAGCUAACUGGACGGUAGUUUCCUGGAUCCCUUUUUGAAAAUCAGAGUCACAUUAGCUACUUUCCAGCCCUCUGGUAUAGAGCCUAACUGUAGGGACAAGUUACAUGUUUCUGCUAGGGGGUCAGCAAUUUCACAUUUGAGUUCCUUACAAUCUCUUGGGUGGAUGCAUCUGCCCCUGGCUUUUUUUUUUUAGUUUUUCAAGGCUGUUUUAGAACAUCCUCUCUUGUUGCCUCAAACUGGUCCACUUCUUCAGCCUCCAAGCCUGAGAAGCUCAGUUCCAGAGUGGGUAUGUGGUCAGUAUCCUCCGCCAUGAAGCCAGAUGCAAAGAACUCAAUUCAGCUUUGCUACAAUCUCCUUAUCCUUGAUCCCUUUCACGCUCUCAUCACCUAAGGCUCCAAGCAUUUAACUAGUCACAGCUGAGCAGAUGUUACAAUAAGUCUUCUCCCUGCAGUCUCAAGACCUGCCCCAUCCAUUAACAUGACAUAAUCUUCUUUUAUUGUUCUAAAUGGGGAGAAAAGUAGGGGUGCUAGUAUUUCCAGGCAGGAAAAAGAAAGCUCAUGAUUCUAAUUGGGCACAGCUGCUUGGGGCAAGAACUGGUCAGUUUUAAUGGUGUUGUCAGAUUAGUGGCCAACAUUCUGCACAGUCUAUCCUCAGUGGUAGGAAGCUGCCGAGACUACUGUGCAAAUAAGACAGCCCUGGAGAUGUGGCAGAGGCAAAAUGUUGCAAAUCUCCUUAAAACAGUUUGUACAGGGGUAGUCAGUACCACCUGGAGGGACAAAUGUUCAUUGUGGUUUUCGACAAGGUCUAACUUGAGUUCUUGACAUCUAGAGAAGGAAAAUAGGUGAUAGUACUGCAGUACUUUCAGCUCUGUGUGUUGUCAUGCUUUUAUUGUCCUGACCAUCUGGCCUGCAGUGUUUAAAUGUGCAGUGGUCUUUAAAAGUUUUAAAAACACAAAAAACUACUACAAAAUGUGUUCAAUGUCAUAGGACUAGAAAACUGAAAAUUGGCAGGAAUGUCCUCCAAAGAUUACGCCAUGGAGAGCAUACAAUUGCCCUUACCCUGAUCCUAACCCUUUUUUUCUGUGCCAAAGUACCUGCAAUUUUACCCUAAACAAUGCUGUCGCCUAUUUUCCAUCUCUGGGGGUGUAGACUGCCAAAAAUCACUAUGGGCAUCUGUCCCUGGAGACGGUAAUGGCCAGUUAGUCUCAUGGACUAAGUGUACGGGCACUUGCAUCUCGCUACAUCCAUGGUUUCCAUUGCUGCUUCUUAUAUGCAUAGCAGUCCUUGUGGCUUCCUACUGCCAAAGUCAGACUGUGCAGAAUAUUGACGUGUUCUUGCUACAUUUCAUUGCACUUUUGUCCCUUGCUGACCUUGUACUAAUCUUUGCACAUUCAUUGCCGAUUUAAUUUUCCCUACUCAUUUUGUGUGAUUGAACCUCCUUCCUCCCCAGUAAAUUGGGGGUGGGGGAUGGGGGUGGAACGGACAGGAACAUGAAAUAUUUGAAUGUCUGGCUUAGGCUCAUCAUCUGAAAUCAACAGAACUCUUUCUCAAGCUGUUCAACAUGGCACUUGUUGAACAAGUGCCAUGUUGCCACUUCAUGAUCUAUAAUUUUUUAAAGGGUUGAUCUCUGCUAAAUAUUGAUAUUGGUUUUAUACCAGGUUUCCUGCUGUGGUUUCUCCCAAAGUAUCUUGGGAAUUGUAGUUUGCUGAGGGUGCUGAGCAUUCUGUUAGAAAUCCCUAGACCCUUAACCAAACUCCAGUUCUCUGGGAAGAGAGGAUGAUCUGCCCAAAUGUUUUAGUGAUGGCUGAAAAGGGGCAGGACAAAGACUGGCAAGAGGGACCAUGCAAAACAUUCAACCAGACCAGAUUUGGGAAAGUUUUUUGUAUCCUCCAUAAGAGCCAACGUUUCACACCACCACGUGGAAGUGUGCUAAAUUGCAACCAUGGGUGAUGGGUCAUGGGGUAUGAUGUUAAUUGUGCCCCAUGAUCUGCAGCAGAUUGCACCUAAAGGCAUUACUGUGGGUGCACCAUAGCUCCUGCAAAAAUCUUCAUUUUAUUGGACUGCAGCCUCCUGUCUCAAUCUCCAGUUGCUUCCCCAGAAACUACCUGGAUGCCUUUGUCCUUCAACUGCGGUCUGCUUCUCCAUUCCAGAUUUCAUAACCAGGCUGUCUACCUGUGUCUGUGUUUCUUGAUCCAAUGUAUGUAUUCAGUUUUCUCUGCAAUGCUCCUUUUUUUUGCUGUUUGCCUCUUUUGCCUUUUGUCUUUGUUUUGUCCAUUCCCUUUGGAACUUAAAAGCCAUGGAAACUCUUUUGUAAGCAAAACAAAGAUCCAGCAAGUAAUUCUAA